AUGCAGGAUUCACCCAGCUCUCUGGUGAUGGAUGGAUACUCCAGCAAUGUCCCAGCCUUCCUAACAAAACUCUGGACGCUGGUGGAAGACCCUGAAACGAACCAUCUCAUCUGCUGGAGUUCUAAUGGCACCAGCUUCCAUGUGUUCGACCAAGGCCGCUUUGCCAAGGAGGUGCUGCCCAAGUAUUUCAAGCACAACAACAUGGCCAGCUUCGUCCGGCAGCUGAACAUGUAUGGCUUCAGGAAGGUGGUGAACAUCGAGCAGGGGGGGCUGGUCAAGCCUGAGAGGGACGACACUGAGUUCCAGCACCUCUGCUUCCUGCAGGGCCAUGAGCACCUCCUGGAGCACAUCAAGAGGAAGGUGUCAGUAGUGAAAAGUGAGGAGACCAAGAUGCGCCAGGAGGACCUCAGCAGGUUGCUAUACGAGGUACAGAUUCUGAGAAGUCAGCAGGAGAACAUGGAGUGUCAAGUGCAGGACAUGAAGCAACAAAAUGAAGUUCUUUGGCGGGAAGUUGUAGCUCUGCGGCAGAACCACUCACAGCAACAGAAAGUCAUCAACAAGCUGAUUCAGUUUCUGUUUGGCCAGCUCCAAUCAAGCCCCAGCAGCAGUGGGAUAAAGAGGAAGCUACCUCUGAUGCUUGACAAUGGGAUCUCAGCUCCACCAGUGUCCAAGUUCAGCCGGCAUUUGUCCCCAGAGCCCCUGCAGGAGCCCUAUUUCAUCCAGUCGCCCUCGACAGAGCCUGCCUCUUGCUUAAACAGCCCUGCAAUCGCUGGAGGACCCAUCAUAUCUGAUGUUACUGAAGCAUCACCAUCCAACAUCAUGAAUAUGCAAUCCCCUCCUGAAAAUGACAGGGAGAAGUGCCUCAUGCUGAUCAAGGAGGAGCCAGUGAGCCCUGGAGUGAAAGGCAGCGCGGAGCCCGAGGUGCCCCUGCCCGGCUGCCGCGCCUGCUCCGAGCCCCCGGUGCUGCCCGUGGCCAUGGUCCAGUCUGUCCUGGAGGGCAAAGGCAGCUGUGCUGCAGCCCCACCAGGGGCCUCCCAGGCACCUGAGAGGAGAGGCAGGAGGGCCCUGCUGGACAGAACAGAUAUUUCAGACCCACUGGAGGGCACUGACUGGAGCCUGGAGGGGCUGCAGCUGCUGCUGAGGAGCCAGCAGUACAGCCUGGAGCCUGCCAGCCUCUUGGAUGUCUUUAAUCCCAAUUUAUCUCUGAGUGAAUGGAAUUUGACUGAAAUGGAAGCCAGUCUGCCCCCGAUGCAGCGACUCACAGUGGAUCUGGAGAAGAGUGCAACUGAGCUGCCCCCAAAAGUGUUCAACCCACAAUUCAACAGCAGCUGCCCAGGGAAAGAUGUCAUCCUUGAAAGUGCCCAGCAGUUCCUCCUUGACCGUCAGUCCAUCUUUGGGAACGACCUCAUCAGCUUGCCUGAAAAUUCAUCGCUUUAUGUUCCUUCUGAAAAUAUAGCUUCCUACAUGUCCUCUGGGGAUGUCCAAGGGGAUAUCCCUCUAAACCUGAGUUCUUCCAUGGACAACAGCCAGUGAUGUAGCUCCCAAGAAACAAAACCUCCCUCCCACCCAUCCAAGCAUCCACAGGUUUGAAUGUGAAGAAACAAAACUGACUCAGAAACCCGAAAGAAAGUUUCUUUUUUGUGUCCUUUUUUUUUUUUUUUUUUGAGUAGGUGGAAAUGGUCAGUAGCUGUUGCAUUACCCUCCGUGCACCUGGAUUUUAGUGUUUUUUAAAACAAAACUACUUCUGGUGCUUGCUCUGAGGGGGAGUGAGAACUUGCCAGGAUUUUUUUUCCUUGAAAAUGCUUUAGAAGUUUCAAAUCUUUUACUAAAACUCAAGUGAAGAGUAGCUUGAAAGUCCAUCUGAGACUUCAUAAAAUAGUGAUCCUGACUAGUGCCUGCAAUGGCAGACUGUUGGAUUUUACUGGGGCAGCACAGAUUAGCUAAGAUGCCUGACCCUUGUUGAUGCUGGUUAUUGAAUAGGAAAAUAGUUCUACAUGCCAGUCCAAUGCUCUAAAAAGAUUUUUUAACCAUUUUCUGGGUUUGAUGGGAUGCACCUGUUCCUCCUAAGGUGAGUAGGAAGAAGAUCUCUUGGGGCCUGUAAAAGCUUGUUUUCUGAGUGACCCCACCAAGAAUGUGCCUCUGGCUCUUAGGGGAGCUACAGACCAUCACAGGCUACAAAUCAUCCCAUGCUGAGUUGAGAGCUUUUGUUAUUUGGAAUUUGUUUUGCCCCAAAUUUAUUUUCUCUUAUAUAUAGGCAGGGCACUCCAUACUUGAAAAAUAGAAAAGGGAUAGACUUUUCUGCACGCAUAAUUUUCCAUGUGCAGAGAGGGCUGAAGGAGUGCACUCUGGGUUUUGGUGCUGGCUAAGUAUUUCAUGUCCAGUCCAAUGGGUUUUUUCCCUUGGCUUUGACUGGUUCUAUUUGCCCAAGAUGUGCCUGUUGGUUUAUUGAUGUGUAAGAUCUGACUAAACAGUUUAAUUCAUUGGAUCCCCUUUUUAGACGGACUCUCAGCUGCUCAGUGUAGGAGAGAGGCAGAAUGGUUAGUCCACCAUGUCCCACAGACUUUUCUUCUGUCCUUUGUGCAUCUGAGACCAGCCUCUAAGGCUGAGCUAACCUUCCCCAUCCAUGUGGUUUCUGACAACUGAGUUUCUCAACAAAGCAGAGCUUUGUUUUUUAUGCUGUAGUUCUAAUGAGAACGUAUUAUUUAUCUCAGUACCUUCUACCUGAGUUGCUUUUCCUUAGGAAGGUUACCCAAAUGCAGUAGGACAGACCCAGGAAAUUCAAUUAACUCAGGCCUUCUAAGGGCUUAGACAGGGAGGUUUAAACUGUGCCAGUAUCAUCUGAAGAAAUGCUUUGCCUGCCUUCAUUGCCAUGACAAUUCUUGGUGAUGAACCACAUUUCUGAGCCUUGUGGUCAAGCAGCAUCCACCCCAAAGUGUAGCUAACCACUCAGACAAGUGCAGGCUCAGAAGCUCCUCAAUAAGAUGAGCAUUUUUAAAAUGGACCUUCCUGUCACAGCCCUUUCCUCCAUCCAUUUAUCACUAUGUGAACAAAUGUGUUAGUUCAGAAACAUUCACUCUUGAGCACAUUUUUGCCCAGCUGACUGCUGUGCUGGGAGCUCUGUCACUGCCUUGGUGGUGUGGUCUGUGCAGGAGCGAGGUUGUGAGAGCUCCUGAAUUAAUCCCGGCCACUGUUUUUCUGUUCAGGACUAAGGGAAAAUUCCAGCAGCCCCCACUGGCCUGGUAUUUAGAUGAUGUGCUUGAGUGUAUCCUGGACAAGGUUUUUCUUUUUGACAGAUUUGUGCUUAGAAAUUUCACCUAGAUCAGCCCAUUUCCACCCUAUUUUGCCCUUUCCAGCGAUGGAAAGUCGUUGAGUUGCACUCUGUUUACUUAUUUUCUCAUAGGUAAUUGAAAACUGCCUGGUGUCUCCUGACACCGACAGUGCAGGUUCAAGAUUUACACCCUUCUCUGAGCUUCCACAUGCCAGGCUGCUGUCCUGUUAACACUGAAUGUAUUGAUGCAACAAGGUAUUUAAGCACAUGCUUAACUUCAAGCUCCUGAGUAGUUUUUCUGUGUUUCUAUGGAGCCUGUCACAUGCUUGAGGCUGGGCAUAGCUGAUGUCAGACUGGAUUGUCUGGUUGGGGUUGAGAAAUGAGCCCCUGGGGAGGGGUGCCCGUGGGCACAGCCAGGUGCAGCUGGGCCCUGGCUCUGUCUCAGGCUGUGUCCUACAGGGCAGGCUCCAGCCUGUGCUCGUGGGGAGCAGCCUCUCAGGAGGGUUCCAGGGCUUUUCUUUAGGCUUUUUGCUCUACUGUAAAAACAUGAGAUUGGAGCUUGAUGGUGAGAGAGGAACCUCCAGGAAGAGCACUCGGGAGCCAUUCCUGUGCAGAAGGAAGCUUGUGUUCCUCAGCUUUUUACAUUGUUAAUUUUACUUGAAGGUGAUGUGCUGAGACUGCGUUUUUGCACUAUGCUGUACAUUUGUAAAGUUUUACAGAAGACACUAAUUAAACGUUUCCUUUUUCUCAUUUA